AUGUGGGCAAACUGGCACCUCCGUCGGAAUUUUGAAGUGGAUUAUCCAGAUAGAAAGGGUUCUCUUACUCUCCGCUCAAGUCAUAAGGAAUAUAGCAGGCCUGUGUUGGUCUGCAACUGGUAUCAGCACAGAGAGGCAGAACCUAAAGAUUAUGAUAUGGAUGCUAUCCCAGAGGGAUACUGGAAAAACUUACACCGCUCAACGUACAAACGGUUUACAAGUUUUCCUCCAGGAGACUGGAGCACCACAUCCGAAGCAUUCAUGUCUCAAAUUAGUUUAAAGGAGGAUUAUCGACUGAGGGAAAAAAUGCCAUUAAUGGAUCAGAAAACAGCUGCAAAAGAACUUCGUAAGAGAACUGCCGGGGGCCUUGAUACAAAAGCAAAUGCAGCUCUACCAAGGCAUCCUCCAGACUAUUCAAAACUGUUUGCAGAGACAACUUAUAAUUAUGAUUAUAUGUCUCCACUCAAUUUUAUUCCAGCUCAAGAGGAGGCUCCUAAGGAACCUGGUGAUUAUAGAAGAUGCCAUUCACAGUUUGUUGACACAGAUGAUUAUCGUCGCCAUGGCCGGAACACCUGGAUUAAUGAGAGUGGAAUAUAUGCCAAUUCUGAACUGAAGAAAGUCCUCUCCCCUCUGUCCAACCCAAUAGCUACUCGUUUGAAGUAAAUCUGCAACCUUCACCAUGAACCUUUAUACUUGAAGAGGAGUUGAUCCUUUCCUUUGCGUAUCUGCAUGACAGUGCUUAUUCAUUGAUUUUGGCAAUUUUAUAAUACAUUUGAUUGUUGUACUGAGAUUGCUAUUUGCUUAACAAACCAUGAAGGUAUAAACUACUGCUUCUUGAAUUGUUACAGUUCGUCGAAGUCACACUCGAUGUGAUUUCUCCUUCCUCUACCAUCUUGCCUUAGGGCUUGGAGUGGACGAAUUGUAUAAC